GACGUGACAAAAACAUUUGACAGUAUCAGUGAGGAAAAGGCAAUUUAAAAAAUUUGCCAUGUAAAUAAAUGUGAAUUCUCAAAAAGCAGGUCUUUAAUUUUGAAGAUCAAUUGAAAGAAUGAGCUCUACAAAACCUUCUAUGGCAAAUUGUGCUGAGCUGCAGCGCAAAUAUUUACAGGAACUUAAACAUUUAGAAGAGGAAGAAGAAAAAUUAGUGGAUAGUUUGAACAGUCUUUUCAACCAAAAAACGUUCCUAGAAGAUAAAGUAAAAGGGGUUUCCAAGCUUAUCCCCACAUUGAAGGUUAUAAAACAUGAAGCCCAAGAUCUCGUUGACACUAUAAAUGAUAUAUCAGAUUCAUCAGAGAAAAUUAGUGGAAAAAUAAGAUCCUUAGAUGUUGCCAGGAACCGGGUCGAGGAAUGUCAAUUACGUGUAAAUGACCUCAUCGACUUGGACAUAUGCUCUCAAGGAGUGCAAGCAGCAAUUCUAGAUUCAGACUAUGAAAAAGGCGCUGCUCACGUUCACAGAUUCCUUUCCAUGGAUCAGUCUUUGCUGACUAAAACAGCCACAGACAUGGACAACGUCUCAAACAUAAUGAAAUCUGUGAGAACACUUCAGGAUGCUGCUAGCCAGCUCAGGGCUAUUGUAGAGCAUGAGUUUAAUGAUGCUGUCAAUAAUGAGGAUUUGACAUCAAUAGAGAGAUUCUUCAAGAUCUUUCCUCUGCUAGGUAUGCAUGAGCAGGGUAUCAAAGAGUUCUGCACAUACUUGAGAGCAAAGAUAGCCACUGUAGCCGAAAAAAACCUGAAAACAGCAAUGAAUAUCCCGCAGUCAGACAAAAGAUACGGUGUGAUAUAUGCUGACACCUUGGUUCUCCUAUUCGAGGGUCUUGCUAGGGUUAUAGAUACACACCAGCCCCUUAUCGAAACCUACUACGGUCCGGGAAGACUGUUGUCUGCCAUCAAGGUGCUGCAAAAAGAAUGCGAUAUUCAGAUGAAGAGAGUGUACGGCGAUUGGGCGAGAGCUCGACAAAUUAUCAAAAAAAUUCAGGUCAUCAAUGAAGUAUCGAGAAUGGGAACCAGUUCAAGCUUUGGGAAAAUAGAGAAGAUAGACCCGAAAGAUUUAGAUAUUUUAAUUGGGGAGAUAACUUUGAUGCAUUAUAGGAUAGAGCUGUAUAUAAAGUUUGUACAAAGGAAAGUUAUGGCAGAUGCAGAUGUCGGUGUCCCGAAUCAGCAGGAAAAAGACAAUAUAAUUAAAUCCUUGGAAAACCUGAUUAAAGAUAGUGAUAUUAGUCAAUGUAAACAUGAACUUUUAUCGCAUUAUCUGAGGUUGGAGCAAUAUUACAUGGAGGAAUCUAUCGCCAAAGCUGUUGCUAUGGAUACUCUAGAGCCAUCUCAGCAGACAUCCAGCAUGGUAGACGACACAUUCUUCAUAGUGAGGAAGUGCAUCAGGAGGUCCAUCUCGACUGGGUCUUUGGAUGGCAUUUGUGCCAUAAUAAACAAUGCUUGCCGAGCUUUGGAAAGCGACUAUUGCGAGGUUUUAAAAAGUAGAUUAAGGCAAGGGUACCCCUCAGGGUACUUGGACCUUACGCAGGCGUACAACGUAUUGCAGACCUCCAUUCAGCACGGCCGCCUUCAAUCUGGCGAUACCGAACAGUCCAGGACUGCAUUUAUUACAGCGCUAAACAACAGUGACAGCAGUACAGAGUACGUUGACGCGUUAUGCGAUCACGUCUUGAAAGAGAUAGAACAAGCUUUGCCAAAUAUGAACAGUCGCGAUAGGGGCAAACUGGAGAGUUGCCUGUCUGGACUGUCAUCUGUCACGGCAAAUCUGAGAGACAUCAUAGAUUAUGGCAUGCAGCAACUCAGAAACGCUGCCGUGAAGCCUAGGGUGCAUCCUUGGGUGGACGCUUUUCUAAAUGUCAAUCAUCAUUUCACCGAGGAGGAGUUAUCUGCUUAUGAAGCUGGUGAAUCGUUUGUACAAACGUUGAUAAUGAAUUUGGAAACACUACUAUCUUCAUUUAAAGAUAUUUUAACUCCAUCGAACUAUGAUGCUUUUACCCAGGUUCUAACAUCAGAAGUAACGCAGAGACUUGAAAAAGUCGUGAUGAAAAGUACUUUCAACAGGUUGGGCGGGUUAGUGUUAGACAAAGAAGUGCGUUCAUUAGCCGGCUAUAUAACGGCUACAACGUCAUGGUCCGUACGGGAUAAAUUUGCCAGAUUGACACAAAUAGCGACCGCUUUAAAUCUGGAACAGCUGAACGAAAUUUACGAUUAUUGGGGUAGCCAUGAUGGAGCGUUAACGUGGCGAUUGACGCCAACUGAACUAAAAAGUAUUAUGCAACUUAGGUAUGUACAACUGCAAUGUUUUUUUUAUAUCAUGUCGUUUCAUCCAAUGCGCAUCCCACGCUUUUUACUCUGAUUUGAAUUAUUCUGUUAAUCACUUUAGCUAUAAAAUCGUGUUUUUUUAGUUUUGCUAAACUAAUGUUUAUUAGAUUCAAGAUUGCAUUUACGUGCGACCAUUUCAGAAACUUGAAAAUAUUUUCCAGGCCGUUUUAGUAAUAUUUUUUUGCCGCAAGCCUCUACGAUGGAUAGGUACCUCGCAUUCUUAGUUGUCCACCCUGUACAGUAUAAACUGACCUCCUCUUAACUUUUUUAUAUGGCCUUCCAGAGGAAAAAGCGGUGUAUGAAACUUAUAAGGUCUAAUAUGAUGUUUUUCAUGUAGUAUUCUUUUUGUAUACCGGGUG